UAGUAUUGUUGAGCAAUGCAUCGUCCUGGCAACAAGAAGUCCCUGCAAUAUCCUCCACCUGUUUCAUCCUUAGUACUGCCCUGGUAUAUGGUCGAACUCGAUACACUCUUCCUGAAACGAUUAGUGAUACUAGUAGUUCGUUCAAAUUCCAAACUGACUAGGCGCAAUGGCAGAAAACAAUGCAGCCGCUCGCAGGUCUGACGUGCCUCACUCCGCAUCGCCAGUGCCAGUGAAUUGCCAUGAUAUUCCUUAUGAGGUGUUUCCAGUUCAGGAGGAAACCCAGAUGCAGACGGGUUCAUCUCCACUGUGCCAUUGUUCAGGCAGCUCCCGGAAUGGUUAUCCACUCAUGUUUCAGUGCAGUAGCUGCUGUGCACCGUUGUACACGCCCCCACCGCGCCCACAAGCACAUGGCCAGCAGCAUUCAGCGAAUGCUUUUCAUCCCAGACCGGGAGCAGAAGAGGUCGGGUAUGGAUUUGCACCGGCUGGUCACGAGCCUUUAUUAAACGCGUACCCGCCGCCAGUACAUGCCCAGCACUGUUCAGCCACCCCAAACAGGUCCCUUGCACCAAUGCCGUCAUACGAGUGCAACGGGCUGCAGUCAGCACCAAGUACGCCUGCCCCGCUUCGGAAAACUCCUCCCCGCUUGCCUAAUCAGAAGACGCACCAUCCUGACAUCAGGAAACCACCACCCGAGCCAGACCCUCCAUCAGCAGCAGAAGAUGCAGAUCUGCGGCAGGUGGACAUCGUCAUAGCCGAUAUUGCGCACAACGUCACGAAGUGUAACAUCGACCAGGUGUUCAAAUCAGUUUACAAACUGGAGAGCUUGGCCUUGAGGCUGGAGUACCCCGCGGAGAUGAUUGCUGACAUGAAGGGGGAUAUCUCACAGAGCGCAGCACGCGGUCAAUGCUACGGCGACCAUAUCUACAAGAUGCUGAAAAACUUUAAAAGCAAAUGUGCCGAGCGCAGAGAAAGCGAUAUCACCCAGAAAAUGGUCAGCCUGCUUGUGGACAAUGGUUAUGGAGCGCUAGUGACUGGGGGCGAUGUGUCUCCUAUGCCUCUGGCGGCUUUCUACCAGUAUCAACGUAUCGUAGGACCUGAGCUCACAGUUUCUAAGCCCGCUACAACACCUAAGGAGGACAGCGGCUUCGGCAGCGAAGGCAGUGUAUGCGGCGGCCGGCGCGGCUCCAUAGUGUCACAAGAGAGUGGAACAGGUCUAAGGAUGUCUGCAUUACACCAGGAGAGCUCGCCCAAUGGCCACGACGCCACAGGGCGGGAAGAGCGUUACAUUUUUUCCCCCAAUUACUCUGCCAUUCCAGAAAGUCGUCACGGAGAGGAGGAUGGCGAGCCGAUGUACGAACCAUCGUAUACGUACAUUGUGCACCAGGUGACACCUGGGCAGAAGUAGGUCUCAACACUUAGCGUCAUUGAUAAGCCGGGACUUCGCUACCUGUCCGAUUAUUUUGCCGGAGCCAUGCGUUCUUCUCUUUAACUAUACUUUCCCGAAUCGGAAAAGUAUAUAAUCGAAACCUACCCCUAACAUGGUGAUAUUUUCACUAUGACAUUUUUUAAUUAUUCAAUUGAAAGACAAUGAAACGGAAAGUACGUCUCGUCCAAGCCAGCCAUUUGCCAUGACGACACACACCUUUGGCAUGAACCAUCCGAACCAGGCAUUCACACUUCCAAUGUGUCAGUUCCUAAUGAAAAUGUAGCAAUCCCGCACUGCACAUUUCUUUCGUUUAUUUGUCUCGUUCUAGUUGAAUAGUGUUGGUAAAAUCCCAUCACACUGAGAAGGUCUUAAUAUUAUCACGUUAAUAGUUAAACACCUCAUUCUUAUACAUUGGUCGAAGACAUUGGUUAUAAAUAGCUAACAGAUCACGCCCAAAUUAUCACAAUUAUCUUCUUUCCUCUUCAUAAAACCAAUUAGAUACAGUCCUGAGUGAUACGUUACUCUCCCUGUUUUCCUAUUGACAUUCCUUAACGAAGCCGCAACCAUUCAUGGCUACAAGUUUUAUUGUUCGUCUUCGAAUUUAACCUCUACAAACAUCAGUGUCACACUUGGCGUCGCCAUUCCUUCAUCCUGAAUGGUGAAUAUCCGAACGUGCUUUUUUUAUGAAA